AUGUCCGAGAAUCGCCAGGGUGGUUAUGUCUUCAAGGCUCUGGAGAACCUGCCAGACAUGUCGCCGGACGAAAUCUUUGGUGUGCUCCUCCCUUUUGAAGCUCGGUGGAGAGACAGACAGCAGUUUCUGGUAACCUGCGGCUACAUGUUGCGUCCACGGUAUCAUCCUGGCUGGACGCCUUCAUGGUUCGGGACAGGAAAACAUCCCAUAUUCUUCGAAGAUUCCAUUACCCUACCCCUCACAGACCAUCUCAUCGACGCUACACGAAUAUGUGAUGGUGCACCCGUUUACAUCAAGAGGGUGAAGACGGGAGACAACGAGUCUCAGAUAGCUACGAUGUUUUCUGCUCCUCGACUUCGCACAGACCCGAAUAAUCACUGCGUUCCCAUCCUCGAGGUCUUUCAGGAUGCAGAUGAUAAAACCAUCUCUUACAUGAUCAUGCCUUGCCUUCGCCUUAUUGAUCGCCCACCCUUUGAAAGGGUCAUCGACGUGGUUGAUUUUGUGGAUCAGAUGCUAGAGGGACUAGUUUUUAUGCAUCAGAAUGGUGUUGCUCACCGUGACUGCGCAUAUAACAAUAUUAUGAUGGACGCAAGUAUGUUGUACCCCCAUGGGUUCCAUCCAAUAAGGGGUCUCCGUCUUCCAGAUGGUAUUACGUUCAAUAAGCCGCUCUCUCGUGCUGGCAAGCCUAUCAAAUAUUACUACGUCGAUUUCGGUAUCUCCGUGUAUUUUCCCCAAGACGUUCAUCCCAAACUUGUGGUGGGAGUUGAUGGUCGUGAUCGGGACGUCCCAGAGCUUUCCCCAGACGUGCCCUAUGAUCCAUUCAAGGUUGAUGUAUUUAUCAUUGGAAAUCUGCUCAUUCAUCGUUUCUAUGAGACAUAUUCCAAUAUCAAUUUCCUACAUCCACUGCUUGAAUGGAUGACUGAAAUUGACCCUGCAGCAAGACCCGAUGCACUUAAAGCACUUGAACUUUGGAAAGCUAUUCGUAGCGAAGUUGGGAGUAUUCAGAGGAGACGACGAUUAUGGUUCCGGGAUGAAUGGUGGUUGAUUUCGGUCGUUGUCGAGAUCGCCUCUCUUAUUACUGGGGUCAUCAACAUGUGCAGGAGAGCUCUUCGGUAG